AUGGCUUCUCAAACUUUUUUAAUAGUUGGCGCCACAGGAACUCAAGGUGGUUCAGUAAUUACGGCACUUCUAGCAACGCCUUCGGUUCCAUCAAUCCAAAUACUAGCUCUCACGCGAAACACAACAUCUCCCAGAGCCAAAGCUCUUGCUGCACUUGACUCCCGCAUCACCCUGUUACAAGGCGAUCCAUCAUCACCCAAAGAAAUAUUUACAAACGCAAAUACCCAAAUAAAUGCCGUAUUCUGCGUGACCGUCCAUGGCCCAACCGGAUCCGAAGAAGCGCAAGCUCACGGCCUCAUCGACGCCAGCAUCGCAAAAGGCGUCAAACAUUUCGUCUUCACGUCCGCUGAUCGCGGGGGAGAUGUCGCCUCAGAUCGAAAUCCCACGCCCGUCGCACACAUUGCGACGAAAUUCCGCAUCGAGCAGUAUCUCAAAGAGAAAGCCGCUGGUACGUCCAUGGCCUGGACGAUCCUCCGACCCGUGACAUUCAUGGACAAUCUCACGCCCGACUUCCCCGGGAAGGGAUUCGCGGCUAUGUGGAAACAAGUCGGAGCUCGACGGAUCCAGGUCGUUGCUGCGAAUGAUAUUGGGGCUUUUGCCGCGAAGGCGUUGUUGGAUCCGGCGAGGUUUGCUGGGAAGGCGAUUGGGAUUGCAGGGGAUGAGUUGAAUUUUGAGGAGGCGUGUGAGGUGUUUAAGAGGGAGAUGGGGGUGGAGAUGCCGACUACGUUUUGUGCUGUAGGGAGUGUGUUGAAGAUGGCGAUGAAGGAUAUUGGGGCUAUGUUCAAGUGGUUUGAGACGGGUGGGUAUGCGGUGGAUAUUGAGAAGGCGAGGGAGGUGUAUCCUGAGUUGCAGGAUUUUGGGACGUGGUUGAAGAGAAGUAGUGGGUUUCGUGAGGCAGUGGUGUAG